AUGAGAUCAUCUCAAGGCUUCGAUUUUCGAUGUGGCGGUGUGCUUAUUAAAGACGAUUAUGUUCUCACAAGAGCUGCUUGUGUAGUAGAUGGUACCAAAGACGACUAUCAGGUCGUUGCUGGCACGAUUUCAAUAAACCCCACCACGAAUAAUAAAAAUGAGCAGCUACGUUUUAUCAGUAAAAUUUUAUUCCACAACCAUUUUAAUAAAAAAACUUACGAACAUGAUGUAGCUAUCUUGAAGUUGGAAAACAAAAUAAAGCUGAGCAAAGUCACUCAAGUAAUUAAGUUGCCUAAGCCUCACGAAAAUCCAAACAAAGGGAAUUUGGAUCAGUUUGUGGUCGGCUAUGAGUAUUUAUAUAGUUAUGGACUGCAAUACUUCGAAGGUCAUGUCACCUUCUAUGAAAAUAAAUUAAAGUAUUACUUCAAUAACAGAGAUAAAGGGGCAAUUAUGUCAGCCGACGUAUGUGUUGAAAAAAGUGGAGAUGGAUACAAGUUGAUUGGGUUUUCUAAUGUAGGAGAAAUCUCCCUUGUUUCAUUAGAUGUCGAUUGGAUUAAUAAUAAUAUUGUAGACAAUCCAUCAAAAGCCAAUAUUCAAUCUUAUUAUCAGUGUUUUAAAAGCUGUUAUGAAGAAUUUGUUAAAACAAUGACUGAUUAA